AUGCCCACCGCGACGAACCCCCGCCAAUCCCCUGGUCGAUUCGAAGCUAAAAAAGCUCUCUGUCCAGACAAUGCCGUAAACGAGCCUGAGGUUCCUGUCGAGAGCCAGGUUGAGGCCGAGCCUGAGGGCGGUGAGAUCGACCAGGGCCUCGAGUCGUUGAUCACUCUCACCAUCAAGCUGCCCCACGAGCCUGGUCAGAUGCAGAUUACGGUCUCCCCCCAAGAGCAGGUUCACGAAGUCCGACAAUCCAUCAUCGACUUGCCUGUGGCAUUCCAGUACACCUGCUUCCACCUAGAGCACCGAGGCGAACGAAUCAAUGACUUCCUGCCCAUCGCAGAGAUUCAGGGCCUGACCGACGAUCCCGAAGUGUCGCUGGUCGAGGACCCUUAUACCGAGAAGGAGGCCCGUAUACACCUUGUCAGAAUUAGGGAGCUUAUCGGUGCCGCCGGAGACCGUACCGACGUUGUUCAGGGUGUCCUGUCCGGCAUCUCCCUUCUCGACGCCGUUGCGCCUCUGUCCGAGGAGGAGCAGACCAACGGGGAGCAAACUCAGCCUCAGGCGGUCAAGGAGACGGCUGAUGAUUAUACCUUUGGUGCGCCCGUUCCUAUCACGACUUUGUUGCCCCCGGCACCUGAGGAGGAGGCCCCGAAAACCAUCAAGUCGAUAUCUCUGUCGUCGUGGAACCCCCCGCCCGCCCACCUGAAGCAACGAGGUCACCUCCUGUACCUCGUGACCACUACCAACGAGGGUGAGCAACAUCAGAUAACCGCCCACGUCGGAGGUUUCUUCGUCAACAAGUCAUCCAACCAAAAGUUCGACCCCUUCCCCCGGCCUGCCCCCAAGGGCCAGGCCACUCACUCGCUGUUGACCCUCCUCGACCUGGUCUCGCCCUCCUUCUCGGCCUCUUUCCUGAAACUUCAGAACUUCAACAACCUCAAGGACCCGCUUGCGACUUUCCAGAUCACCAAUGCUAUUCCAUCGGCGCCUUGGAUUGUGCCCUCGCCCUCGUCUGCCCUCUGUGCCCACAGCGCCGACUUGACAAGGUCGCAAGAAACGUACCUGAUCGCAGGUGCCGACAACACCGAUACCUUGCGUGACUGGAAUGAAGAGUUCCAGUCCGCGAGAGAGUUGCCCAAGGACACCGUUCAGGACAGAGUUUUCCGCGAGCGCCUCAUGUCCAAGCUUUUUGCCGACUACAACGAUGCCGCAACUCGUGGUGCCGUCUUGGUCGCUCGUGGAGAGAUCGCUCCCCUGAAUCCAACUGAGUGUAAGGACGCCCAGAUUUUUGUUUACAACAACGUUUUCUUCUCUUUCGGCGCUGAUGGCGUCGGCACCUUUACUUCCGAGGGCGGUGACGAGGCUGCGCGUGUUGCAACAGGCAAGGAUGUGGCCGGUGUUAGACUGGUCAAUCAACUGGACAUCGACGGCCUCUUCACCCCUGCCACUGUUGUGGUGGAUUACGUUGGUAAGCGAAUUGUUGGGCAGAGUAUUGUGCCCGGCAUCUUCAAACAGAGGGAACCCGGCGAAAACCAGAUCGAUUAUGGCGCCGUGGACGGCAAGGAAGUCGUUGCAUCUGAUGAGCGUUUCGUGCCUGUUUUUGAGAAACUCUCACGAGCUCUUAAGGUUAAGAAGCAUGCUGUGUGGGACAAAGAUGGCAAGCGCGUCGACUUGGAGGCCAGCGUGGAGACCAAGGGUUUGAUGGGAACCGAUGGAAGAAAAUACGUGCUGGAUCUGUACCGAGUGACACCCCUGGACAUCGACUGGCUGGAGGAGCAAGGCGAAAAGUCUGACGAAUACCCUCACCGGAUGGCUGUCCUUCGCCCAGAGCUGAUUGACUCGUACGGAAGGAAGAAGAUGAAGGCCUGGGUUGACGAGGAACUUGCCCGACGUGGCCAAACGCCAAAGGGGACACCAGCAGAGUCUAAGAAGGUCGAGCAGAGCAAGACGAAGCCAGAGGAGAGCGACGAUAGUGACGGCAGCGAGGAGAGCGAGAGCGAGAGCGAAAGUGAGGAUGAGGAGGAGCCGGGUUCUGCCAAGGAGGCCGCGAAAGACGAAAAGACCCAGAAACUCGGGGAGGAGACGGAGGCAGCGAAGGAGUCCAAAGACCACAUUGACCUGUCCAAGUUCCAAUUCUCUCUCAACCCUGACGUCUUCAGCGGUCAAGUUCCUCAAACUGAUGAGGAGAAGGCCGAGAUGAUCAAGGAUGAAGAGGAGGUUCGCCUUGCCUCCAAAUAUCUCCGGGAGCACGUCAUUCCUGAUCUGGUCCGCGAGCUCACGGACUGCGACAUUAGCUUUCCCAUGGAUGGCCAGUCUCUUGGCCGACUUUUGCACAAGCGUGGUAUCAACAUUAGAUACACCGGCAAGGUUGCGUCUCUCGCGUCGGAUCCCCGUCUGCAAUGUCUCAAGGAUAUCUGCGUGCAAGACAUGGUUGCUCGAUCAUUCAAGCACGUGGCUUCGACAUACCUGAGAUACCUCCCGGCGCCUUUCACAUCGGCUGCUGUUGCACACCUCCUUAACUGCCUUUUGGGGUAUCGUUUGAACCCUAAGCCGAUUGCAGAGAUCGACGUGUCUCUCAGAUCACUUUACUCUGACGCUGACCUAUCGUUCGAGAAGGUCACGCCCGAGUCCCUUCGUGCUAGCAUCGCAGAGCAGGCCCUCAAAAGGUUUAGAUACCACUUGGACGCGAGCUGGCACACCGAGAUCAAGCCUUUGCAGCUGCUGCGCGAAAUAUCUCUUAAGCUCGGCUUCCAGCUGCAAGCAAAGGCGUAUAACUUCACCAGCAAGUCCAUUGAGCAGGCCGCGCCCGCUUCUGCCACCAACGGCACCUCUCCUGCCAACGGCCAGACGAACGGAGACGGCAACAAGAAGAGCAAGAGGAAGAAGACGGCCAGAGAGUCUUCACCCACGUCUUCCACUCCGUCUCCUCCUGUCACCACCUUUAUUGCUGACGAUAUCGUGAACAUCGUGCCUGUGGUCAAGCACUCAUGCCCGCGAAGUGCUCUCGCUGAGGAGGCUCUGGAGGCUGGUCGCAUUUCUAUCAUGCAGGGUCAGCGCAAGCUUGGCCAGGAGCUGCUCCUCGAGUCGCUCUCCCUGCACGAGCAGAUUUACGGCAUCCUUCAUCCAGAGGUUGCUCGCGUCUACAACACUCUCUCUAUGCUAUACUACCAGCUCGAGGAGAAGGAGGCCGCCGUCGAGCUCGCCAGAAAAGCUAUUGUGGUAUCGGAGAGGACCGUCGGCGUCGACUCUGCUGAGACCCUCCUCAACUACCUCAACCUGAGUCUCUUCCUGCACCAGGCUGGCGACAGUAACGGUGCCCUGGUCUUCGCCAAACACGCGUUGAAGCUAUGGACGAUCAUCUACGGCGCCGACCACCCAGACUCAAUCACCACGAUCAACAACGGAGCCGUCAUGCUCCAGCACCUCAAGUCCUACCACGAGUCAAGAAUAUGGUUCGAGGAGUCACUUCGCAUCUGUGAGAAGGUCUUCGGGAAGCAGUCCAUCAACGCAGCCACCCUUCUCUUCCAGCUCGCACAAGCUCUCGCCCUGGACCAGGACUCCAAGGCCGCCGUCAACCGCAUGCGCGAGUCGUACAACAUUUUCCUGACCGAGCUUGGCGCCGAAGACAAGAAUACCAAGGAGGCGGAAAGCUGGCUGGAACAGUUGACGCAGAACGCCGUCUCCAUCGCAAAGCAUGCCAAGGAUGUGCAGGCACGACGACUCCGCGCUGGCAUCCGAUUUACCCCCAAAGGCGCGCCUUACGAUGCAUCCGCAACCGCCCCUCGCGCUUCGGCGUCCUCGAGCACGCAGUUGGGUGGGUCGUCGGGCAUGGACUCUCGCAGCAUCGACGAGCUUAUUAAGUUCAUCGAGGGUAGUGACCAACAGAAGUCUUCCAAGGGAAGGCCGAGCAGGGGCAACCCCAAGAGAAGAGGCAAGGCCCCCAAAUAA